AUGUCGCCGCGCCGCCAAAGAUGAGGUCAACAUUACUCAUGCCUUCUUCAACAGCGCUAGCGAGAGUGGAAGAGGUAGUGCAGUAUGGAAAGGAAACUCGUGCCAUCAUCGCCUUCGCAGAACUGGCUUGUGGCUGUGCAGUGGCUGACCGCACGUACGAAGUAGAGGAGUCGAUCAAGGGCUACAAAACGCAGAGUAGUGACGGGAAGAAGCACCAGUUGAAGACUACUGGCUACUAUUUGCACUGGCACUUGAUCUAUCUGGGAGAGUGAGAGUUUGUGCUAUCGAUAGCUCAUCAAGACACACCGAUGGUGGCACUGCACUAGAUUGGACCAUCCCUCCUUCACCUAAAUCCUAACAGAGGUCAGUAUCGCCAGCGGACACCUUCAAAAAGGCUUCAUCAGAUUUUGCAGUUAGCCCUGCACCGACUAGCAUCCACUCGGAAUCAGCUGAUACAUGGAUCAUUUGGACGAAUCGCCAGCAGCAAUGGAUCAGCAGUUGACGAAACUACUUCACCAGCACAGACGAGAUCUGAUGUUUGAACUGCGUCGCCUGUCACACAAGGAGAAGGUGGUCACACAACACCAGGAGCACUUUCAAACUCUCCUGGACGCAGUCGUACAGCAACACGUUCAGAGACUGUACUCCGCCGACUGCCCGGACGAAGACGAUGACUACGAAGAAGAAGAAGACAUAAAGAAACCCGAAGCUCUGGCUGAGCCUGAGGGAGAGCAAUCGGUUGCUACGGCAACCGAGGAAGAGCAACCUGUUGCUACGGAAACCGAGGAAGACGCUGAAAUGCCAGUUGCCGUAGAAGCUGAGGCUGUUGAAGCACCACGGGAUCCAGUGGACAACCGCCCGCCUGAAAUCCGUAAUGAGAUGCAGCACUUGGUAGCACAGCGGCCAGUGACACACCUCCUUCGAGGAGAGUUCCGUUCACUACUGGAGCGGGCGGUCAGCGACAGUACAGAUCGCCUAAUACGCCUGCAACGUCCGCGUGCCACUCCACGACGGCCUGUUGACUCGAGUACAACUGAAAGCGGCUCGGCGCACAGGGACCAGGAGGUGUCACGACAUCGUGCCCAUGGCACUGGGCAUGCCAGACACGGUGGCAAUGCUGGCACUGGAACCAGGGUACGCCAGGGCAUCCGUACCAUCGAGCCGCAGGAGGUCAAUCUCUUGAACCAAAUGGAGCGGAUACAGCAGGAGGAAAUUGUCCUGGAGGUCGAAGAGAUCAUGCACCAUCAGGUUGUCUCUGCUAUUCUGGCCAGCGAAUUCCGCAGUGCUCUCGAGCAACACAUGGAGGACCGACUGCAGAGGGCUGGCGGAAGUGGCGAGCAAGUGGAGCAGUUUGUGCGAGGCCUGGCACAUCGACGGCCAAGAGACCACCGUGCGGCGCAUACACGACACGGUGCAUCGUCUCUGGACGGCGCCGAAGUAACCGGCCUUAAGGCGGACGUGCGGGCAUUGACGCGGACCGUUGCGGAGCUGGAGCGCCUAGUCAAGCUCAGCUUUGAUCUGCACCUGGACAAUCAGCGGGUACUGCGGCAGGAAAUGGCAGCUGUGUCUCAUGCUGUCAACGCCCAGCAGCACCAAGGAAUAGCGUCCGUAGGCACGGCAGGCCCUAUGCAAGGUGGCACGUGCGUAGUGUGCCAUACCUGUCCCAGUGAUGCAACAUUCUACAGCUGUGGUCACAUGUGCACGUGCUGCCAGUGCGCACACGAUCUGCACGCGCGGCCGAAUCCCGUGUGCCCAAUCUGCAGAGCGCCAGUCAAGGAUAUCAUCCGCGUCUUCCAUGUGUAGUGGGUGGGCUCUGUCUGUGUAAUUGAUCCAGGUGUAUAUGCGUGUUGAAUUUGUCACCGUCUAAUGCCGCAUGAUGCAUUGCCAUUAUCCAUCUCAGUACAAUGAGAUUCAUUGACUUCGCAUUAGCAAAGUGUCCCGUUGACUGAAAACGUUCCCUGUUUCACAUUAAAUACAGAUACUCAUCAUGGUGUUUGCGCUGCCUUUUUCAACGUCAACAUAAUCAUGAGGCGUUUUGUAUCAAGAUUGUUUGUCGAUGCAACUUGUUUUUAUUUUCAUACGUACCUGCACUUGAAGAUCGUCACUACACAGACUCUACUAGGUUGAAUUCAUGUUAGAGGUGGUCACAUACCCACCGUCGGAAUUCAGAGAGAUGUCAAAAGUGACUGGGGAUUUCCCCUGAGCUUACAUCGCGCCGUUUCUGAUUAUGAAUGCCAUCACCGGCACAGCUUCAAGUGCUUGAUUUUUAUAUCGCCACAUUUUUAAUUCUUACUUCACCAUUUGCUCGGUGUCAUCUGUACUAAUGAUCAUGAUUGAAGCGUACACAAUCGCCCUCCAAAGAGUGUGCAACUCGAA